UGGCGCGCAUGCCGCAGUUUGUUUGCGUUGCAUCACGCAUAAAGUGUAAUUAAUGGGCGCCGGAUCGCGUCAGUGGCGAAAAAAUGUUCAACUUGAGCGCGCGCUCUACCUGCGCUAAAAAUACACGAGGAAUUAAAUCGAUAUAUGAUGUAUAUACAGGCGGAAUACGUCUGAUUAUUUGCAUACAAGUAUCAUUUAGCCGCAGUUUUCCGGUCCUUGAUUUCCGAGAUUAUUUACACUGGCUGUGCGUCGAGUAAGACAUUAUUGACAUGCGAGGCGAUUGAACGCCGACGAGUAAAUAUUUAUCUACGACGCGUACGCAUACUUGAUGUGGAAAUUGCGGGAAAUGUAGCGAUUGUUUUCGAAAAUGUUUAAAACAAACGCACGAUGUGCGUGUUUGUGUGUGUGCGGGUUUGCGCAGUGCGGCAUUUGAAUUGGAGGCGGAAGAAAAUAAAAUAAAAAUAAAUAAAAGAGAGAGGCGCGCGCGAGUGGCGGCUUUUGGCCCAGCGCACGAAUUUUAUUUUCGUGCGCGCAUUCGCAGCGAGCGGUUAAUUUACAAUCGAGUGUAUAUUAAUAGCCCUUUUUAAAGGAGCGAAGCGUGGAAGGCAAGAAAAAAAAAAGCGUGCGCGCUCGCACCGAUAUAAAAUUAUAUAUCGCGAAUUUAUUGCGUGCGCGCGCGACAAUUUUGGCGCGGUGUAAACGCUCAGUUGGUGCGGUGGCCUGCUAGGAGACUGAUGCGGGUGUUUUGAUUUCGCAGCCAUCACGCGAAGAGAGAUGGUUCUAUGGAACGCCCGCACGAGACGAACGGCGACUGCGCGAAGGGCGUGCUAGACAACGGGCACGCCUCGCCGAUUAAUGCGUGCGCCAAGCGAAAGGUGGCGCGGCGUCGCUGGGCCAUCCUAGCGAAGGCACUCAAGAGCCCCAGCGGUAGUGAACCGUCCAGCCCAACUGACGAAUGCUCUGUCCGCCGCAUCUCGUCGUUUCUUCUGCUUACAACCCGCCAGAUAAACGAAGAAAUACAUCCGCUGCACGUGGCGAAAAAGCGCACGUGGUACCGCUACGCCAUGACCAUCGACGCGCAUGAGUAUUUUGUCAUCGUCGGACAUCGCAUGCGCACUUUUUCCGCUGAAGAUCUAAUGGGUUUCAAUAAUACAGGAAACGUGUGCAUAUGGCCCUCAGAGGAAACACUCACGUAUUAUUUGGGUGCGAAUCUACAUCUGGUUGAAGAUAAAAGGGUUUUGGAGUUGGGUGGGGGGAUGUCCUGCCUGGCGGGGCUAGUCAGUGCCAAAUAUGGCCACGCCCGCCAUGUCCACCUCACAGAUGGUAAUAAAUCAUCUGUGGAAAAUGUCCUGGUUAGUCUGGCGUGCAAUGAAUUGUCAUGUCCUGUUGAAUGCACGGUGUUGAAGUGGGGACGCGGCGCAGCCACGCCUACCGCCUACGAUCUCGUCCUGUGCGCUGAUUGCUUGUUUUUCGACGAUGCGCGCGCUGAUUUGAUCGAUACCCUGUGGGAGUGUCUUGCGCCUGCAGGCGUGGCUCUAGUCAUGGCGCCGCGUCGUGGUAAAACCCUCGCUAGUUUCAUCACGGCGUGCGAAUGCCGCGGAUUUCGAUGCUGCGAAUUCGUCAACUACAAUCGCAUCGUAUGGGAGAAGCAUCUGCAGCUGCUGGCGAAUUGUGAUUACGACGAUGACAUCCACUAUCCUAUUCUGUUAGAAUUGACCAAAGCGUAAAAAGUGACCUUAGGGAAGAACUACAAGUACAUAUUAUUACAUUUUACAACAUAUCGCGUCUCUUUAUACCUUUACAAGUUCUAAUCGACUUACGUAAUGAUCAAUGCGAUUGGCGUCCUCUAGUCAUACUCACACUAGUCUAUUGUGAAUUAUAUCCGGGGUGUUUAGACAAGCAGAUAGAUGGACACCCUGUAUAUCGUUGACUUUUUGUAUCUUGUCUGUGAUAAUUAAUACACGUUACAAAAGAUAAAUAAAACUAGCUCAGAUUUACUCUGGAGAGAAAUAUGAUGAUGGCAGAUGUAAAUAUAUUUAUUAAAAGUAUUUAUCGAAUAUAAAGGAAGAAAGGCCCGGGUAGACACGGCAUCAGGUGCCCACUAAAAAUAGCCCAGGGACGGGAUUCAGUUGCGAGGAACGAUAUAUGCUCAAUGUUUUUUGCGAUUUCAUCGUCGUUUGUUGCUGCGACAACAUGUUUGAAAUGAAUUCAUAUUGUAUACUCGUUGUGUACCUACGAAUUGAUCGUUUAUCUCUGUUUCAAACUCACAUAUCUUGUCGUUGGAGGAAAUUUUCAUUAUUAUCUGAAGCACGUUUACUAGUGUUUUACUGUUUUAGUCCCGUUGAAAAUAAACAAAACACAUGAAAGUGA